AAUAGCUGAGACUUCUUCCGACGUGGGGGUAUAAAAGUGAACGUCGCUAUGCGGCAACUAGUCAAAACUUGAAUGUCAGCAUGGUCAGAACUAUUUUCAUUUUGGUUCUUCUAGCCUGGAGCACAGGUAACUUGGCAGACGCAAAGCCGAUUUUCAUCAAAGUUUUUGCGCCCAACUUAGGCCAUGGAAGCAACUUCGCUACCAGCUAUCAAAGUUCUGCCACAACAGCGCCCAUUAACACACAGUUCAUCUCCAGUUUAAUCUCCACCAAGAUCCAGCUUUGGAAUAGCUUACUGCAGAGCAAGUCGUCUGGUGGGAGCUAUGGAUUUGGCUUCAGCAAAUCAAUUUCUUUUUCCACCACCACAACCACGGAGAAGCCCACGGAUAUAACGCAUCACACCACAGAAGUAAACACUGAUUUUACUCCGGAUGAUAGCUCUUCCACCACUACUCACAAUUUAUACACCACCACUACAGAAGGCAGUACUAAAACGCCGAAGCCCACCAUACAUCCCGAACCUCCAGUCCCCACAACGUCGACGCCAGUGACAAGUAGCACGAGUUCACAGCCAGAGGAAAGCACCACAACGGAAGCUACUUCUGGAUAUUCGUAUCAGACACCCACGCCCACAAUAGUAACGAGACCCACUGUGGACACCUAUUACUUGCCAGCAUCGCAUGCCUAAAUCGAACACAUAACCUCAUAUGCCGCUAGACAGAUCAUGUUAUAAUCCCUCGCCAGCUAAUAUGAUUUAUCAUAUAAAAAUCUUUUACUAAUAAAAAAAAAAAAGGUAUCAUGUCCGCGUUUGGGUUAAACUUUCGGCACAGUUUAUCUUACAAAUAAAUUUAUAAUUUCAUCAUA